UUUAUGCAAUUCACUACAAUUAAAAUAUAGUUUUGUUACACCACCGGAGAAGAUACCUUCACCACCAACAAAUAACAGCAAAAAACAAUUCCACCGGAAUAAACAAUUAACAAAACCAUUUUUUUAUAUUAAAAAUGGCAUCUCUUUCAUUUUCACUGUCAAAUUCAGCAAACCCUAAUCACUUAACACAAUUUUCCAGCCGUCACGUUUCCACCACUUUAAGUUUCUCUGGCCGUUAUCUAUUAACCAGGAGUUUGAAAUUAACGUCGCCGGGGAAGAUAUACCGGAGAGCUGCCGUGCGGAUGACGUCAGACUCUCACUCGUAUGACGUCAUAGUAGUUGGAGCUGGAAUAAUAGGAUUGAGCAUUGCUAGGCAGCUUUUGAAUGAAUCGGAUUUGUCUGUUGCCGUCGUUGACGCCGCCGUCCCUUGUUCCGGUGCUACCGGUGCAGGACAGGGGUAUAUAUGGAUGGUACAUAAGGUUCCAGGAAGUGAGAAAUGGGAUUUAGCAAUGAGAAGCCGUAAGCUAUGGGAGAAGUUUGCUGACGAUGUCAAGUCUCGUGGAUUGGAUCCUGAACAGGUUCUUGGCUGGAAAAAGACAGGAAGCCUGUUGGUUGGUAGAACGUUGCAAGAAAUGGCAUCCUUGAAGGAAAAGGUAGAUCAGCUAUCAAAAGCCGGUCUUAAGGCAGAGCUUUUGUCUACCACCGACUUACAGGAAGUUGAACCUGCACUUGUGAUCGGGGAAGAAGGUGCGGCAGCCUUUCUACCUGAUGAUUACCAACUUGAUGCACGGCGUUCAGUUGCAUUUAUAGAAAAGGAGAACAGGAUGUUUGCAACUAAAGGAAGGUAUGGAGAAUAUUAUAAUCAGCCCGUGACUGGGUUGUUAAGGUCUGGUAAUGGGAAGGUUGAAGUGGUUCAGACUUCGAAGAAUUUAUUGUAUAGCAAGAAGGCCAUAAUAAUAUCCACUGGAUGCUGGACAGGCUCUUUGAUGCAAGACCUGAUUCGGGAUUUGGACAUCGAAUUUGAUAUGCCAGUAAAACCUCGAAAGGGUCACUUGUUGGUAAUAGAGAACUUCAAUUCCUUAAAACUGAAUCAUGGUCUAAUGGAGGUUGGCUACGUUGGUCAUCAACAUUUCACUUUUAAACCAAGUGAUGUUGAUGCCGACACUUUAUCUGUAUCAAUGACCGCUACCAUGGAUACCUCGGGAAAUCUUGUUCUUGGAAGCAGCCGACAAUUUGUUGGAUUCAGCACGGAAAUAAACGAGCACAUCAUCAAUCAGAUAUUGGAACGUGCCAAGGAGUUCUUUCCUUCUCUAAAAAAAUUGUCACUCACAGAUUUGGAGAAAAGUAGAGAAGUCAGGGUUGGGCUAAGACCCUUCAUGCCUGGUGGAAAGCCUAUGAUUGGUCAUGUUCCUGGAUUGUCAAAUGUUUUUGUAGCUGCAGGCCAUGAGGGAGAAGGAUUGGCUUUGGCCCUUGGAACUGCUGAAAUGGUUGCCGAUAUGGUUCUGGGCAAUCUUAGCAAAGUUGAUAACACACCCUAUGCGCCAUCGCACUUGAAACAGCCGGCAUGAGCUCCUGUAUUUUGAAAUAUGCUGUCAAGGAGACAAUCUUUUUUAUGAGAAACCAUCUGGUUCACUAAAUAAUAUAAAAGAAGCUACUAUUGUAAUGGAUGGAUGGUUCUUAGUACCAUCUCCACAAAGGCGUGAGCUUUUAGCAUCUCGUUGCGUUUAAUGAUACUCUAAGUCAUGGGGCCUACAUGUCUCUACGCUUGUGUGAAACGGUUAGUUAAAAGCGUACUGCUUUUCAUGAAGUUUCAGCUCUUAUCCUGGGGGAGUUGUGUUGGGUUAUUUUGAGGAUUGAAAACUAUAUCUGGUUAAAUAAUUCUGAAAGCCAACAAAUGAUCAAGCAGCUACAUCAUAAUUUGUUGUUUUCAAGUUCUUGAAGAUUUUGUGUAUAGGUUCAGCUACAUGCACACUUUCUUCUGAAUAUUAAAGGUUGUUUUGGAGCCAAAUAUAGCAAAA